GCGGGCAGCGCAGCGAGCAGGUAGGUCGCGCGCGCGCGCUCACCGUGCGCUCAGUGUGCGCGCUCUCUCGCCGCCGGUGGUAGUGUCCGCAGUGCGCGGACGCAUGUGCGCGAGAAUGCUGUCAGUGCCUCGUCGGUGAAGUGUCAUCGCUGUGGACCGCCCGACACAUAACCGACGUACGACAUGUCCUGUGAAAGGAGAACAAAGGCCGCGCGUUUCCUCGACCUGCGGUACAAGAGCGGGGUGCGCUCAGUGAGGGGCGGGGGCGGGGCCGGCGCGGGCGGCGGGGGCGGCGGCCUCAAGGUGCUGCCGAAGCGCGCCCGCACUCGCUGCAGGGGAAUGAACAUGGGCCAAAAGCUAUCGGGCGGAGUAAAGUCGGUGUCGCGCGAGUGCACGGCGCCUUUCAAAGCAGUGGUGGCGCGCGAACUAGCGCCCGAGCCGCCGCGGCCCGCGCGCCUCGACGCGCUGUUGGACGCGCCGCCCGCGCACCCCGACCUGCAACACAAGCACGCAUGGAACCCAGAAGACAGAUCUUUGAACAUCUUCGUGAAGGAGGAGGACGCUCUGACGUUCCACCGCCAUCCUGUGGCGCAGAGCACGGACUGCAUCCGCGGCCGCGUGGGCUACUCGCGCGGGCUGCACUGCUGGGAGGUGGUGUGGCCGGCGCGCCAGCGCGGCACGCACGCCGUCGUCGGCGUCGCCACCGCGCACGCCCCCCUGCACUCCGUCGGCUACCAGAGCCUCGUCGGGGCCACCGAUCAGAGCUGGGGAUGGGACUUGGGAAGAAAUAAGGUGUAUCACAACGCGAAGGGCACGGGCGGCAGCGGCACCACGUACCCGAGCCUGCUGCGGCCGGACGAGCAGUUCCUGGUGCCCGACCGAAUGUACGGCAAGUAG